CCCAUUAGUCUUUUCAGAUUUUUUGUACACUUCCUCCACCCAUCUCUCUCUCUCUCUCUUUCUCUCUUUAUCCUUCUUUCUCUCUUCUUUGCUUGCCUUUUCUUCAGUUUAUUCUUCCCAAAAUCAAAUAGUUCCUUCUUUGAUCUCAUUGGUAUAACUAACAAGAAGAGAGAUAUCAUUACUGAAGAGAUCAACCCACACAAAAAUGUCUAUUGAUUUAUCAUCUGAGCGCGUUUGCUAUGUCCACUGCAACUUCUGCACAACGAUUUUAGCGGUAAGUGUACCAUACGCAAGUUUGUUUACACUUGUGACGGUGAGAUGUGGCCAUUGUACCAAUUUGCUCUCUCUCAACAUCGGAGUUUCACUUCAUCAAACCUCAGCUCCUCCCAUACAUCAAGAUCUUCAGCAGCAUAAGCAACACAUAACCUCUCCGGUAACAAGGAAAGAUUUUGGAUCAUCUUCAAGGAGCUCCAACCAUUUUUCAACCACAUUGUCCGAAAAUGUCGAUCGAGAUCAGGCUCCUAGAAUGCCUCCUAUUCGUCCGCCAGAGAAAAGACAACGCGUUCCUUCGGCGUACAACAGAUUCAUCAAAGAGGAAAUCCAAAGGAUCAAGGCUGGCAAUCCUGAGAUCAGCCACCGUGAGGCGUUCAGCACAGCUGCUAAAAAUUGGGCACAUUUUCCUCACAUUCACUUUGGAUUAAAGCUGGAUGGCAACAAGAAAGGCAAGCAAUUAGACCAGACAGUUGCAGGCCAAAAGUCUAAUGGCUAUUACUAAAGCCUUUUUCAUACUGAUAAUAAUGGCUAUUAUAUAUAUGCCUGUGUAUCUUUAUGUUUAUCUUUGUACGUCCGCGUUUAUAAAUGUCUAAGCAGAGCUGGUGAUGAAAGAGAAGGCGAGGAAGAAGAAGAUCAUAACCUUACAUAUAUAUAUACAUGUAUGUAUGUCCCUUUCUUUUUCUUGUGUGGGCUCCAUCUAUAACUUCGUUUCUAGAUUUAUAUUCUCCUAAUAAGUGAAGUCCAUAUAUGGUUUACACAUUCGAACAUAAUUACCUAAGGAAGAAUCUCCUUUACGAAGAUUGUAAUAUAAAUUUCCUCUUUCCUCGUUCUGAAAA